CUAGCUAACUGACUGUCAUGGCGGCUCCCUGCUGGAGGUUUAUCUCACGGUGAAACUUCAUAACGGAUUAAUAUUUAUUUCAGUAUGAGCUGAGAGGACGAACACGACUUUCUGAGGUAUGAAUGUGAUGCCAUCGAUGAUGCGUGGAGCGCGGCGGCUCGUCCAUGCCGACCCAGCUCUGCUCAGUAACUUUCUCUCUUUGCCCCGCCUUUGUCCGGCUGGAAGCUCCGCCCCCCAGCUCCUCUGUCCACUGAACAGAAGGUUUGCCUCCAAACAGGUCAAAGGUCAUAAGAAAGAGCAGAAGACGCAGCAGGUGAAGCCUAAAGCCAAUAAACAGACAGUGGAGAUCAGACAGAGGAUGACGGUGGCGGCGCUGGCUGAGGCGAUGAACAGAGACUUUGAUCAGGUGAUAGAGGCUCUGCUGAACACCUCAGUGGACCUGGACUCGUUGGAGCCAGACUCAGUGCUGGAGGAGCGCUGGAUCAAAGAAGUGGUGACUCGAUCGGGGAUGAAGUUCAAAUGGGCCAAACUGAGCGAGACACGAGAACGGGUCAACAAGGACGCUUACCGAAGACCUCCUGCGGACCCAUCCAGCCUAAAGCCCCGCCCCCCGGUGGUCACCAUCAUGGGUCACGUGGAUCACGGUAAGACCACGCUGCUGGACAGUCUGAGGAAGAGCCAGAUUGUUUCCACAGAGGCCGGAGGAAUCACACAACACAUCGGAGCAUUUCUAGUCCAGCUGCCUACAGGUGAGAAGAUCACCUUUCUGGACACUCCAGGUCACGCUGCCUUUUCCUCCAUGAGAGCCCGUGGAGCCAACGCCACCGAUAUUGUGAUCCUGGUGGUGGCAGCUGACGACGGCGUCAUGAACCAGACGGUCGAGUCCAUCCAGCACGCCAGGAGGGCUAAAGUGCCGAUCAUCGUGGCGGUGAAUAAGUGUGACAAACAUCUCGCCGACCCUCAGAGAGUAAAACAGGAGCUGCUCGCUCACGACAUUGUCUGUGAGGAGUUUGGAGGAGACGUCCAGGCCAUCCACGUCUCUGGUCUCAAGGGUGACAACCUUCUGGCUCUAGCUGAGGCUACGGUGGCAUUGGCCGAGGUGCUGGAGCUGAAGGCAGAGCCACACGGCGCUGCGGAGGGACUCAUCAUCGAGAGCCGCACGGACAAAGGCAAAGGUCCCGUGACCACAGUCAUCGUCCAACGGGGGACCUUAAAGCGAGGUUGCAUCCUGGUGGCGGGGAAGAGUUGGGCCAAAGUUCGCUUCAUGUUUGACGAGAACGGGCGAGCGGUGACAGAGGCGGGGCCUAGCGCAGCGGUGGAGGUGGUUGGCUGGAAGGAUCUACCAUCAGCAGGAGAGCUGCUGCUGGAGGUGGAGUCAGAGCAGAGGGCCAGGGAGGUGGUGGACUGGCGGAGCCAUGAGGAGGAGCAGCAGAAGCUCCUGCAGGAUCAGAGCGCCAUCGAGCACAAACAGAAGCUUCACCUGGAGGAUUACAGGAAGGAGAGGGCGGGGCUAGAGCACCUCAGCUGGAAGCAGAGGAAGUCAGCCCUGUACAGAGCCAACAAGACUAAGUUCGCCACCAGGCCGAGUGAGAAGACGCAGAGCGACCAGCUCAGCCUGCCAAUCAUCAUCAAAGGAGACGUGGACGGCUCGGUGGAGGCCCUCUUGAACAUCGUGGAUAGUUACGACGCUCAGGAGCAGUGUCAGCUCGACGUGCUGCACUUCGGCAUCGGAGACAUCACGGAGAACGACAUCAACAUGGCCGACAUGUUCACAGGGUCAAUCUACGGUUUUAAUGUGGCAGCGAGCAAGUCUGUCCAGCAGCUGGCGGCGCAGCGAGGCAUUCCACUGCGACUUCACAACAUCAUCUACAAACUGAUCGACGAGCUGAAGGAGGAGCUGAGCAGCAAACUGCCUCAGCUCGUCUCCGAGAACAUCAUCGGCGAGGCGACGGUGCUCGCCAUGUUCGACAUCACCGUGGGGAAGAAGAAGGUUCCGGUAGCUGGCUGCAGGGUUCACAAAGGUCUGCUGGACCAGAGACUGAAGUUCAGGCUGAUCCGAGGACGGGACGUCCUGUGGGAGGGUUCCCUGGUGGCGUUGAAGCACCACAAAGACGACGUGCAGACGGUGAAGAUGGGGAUGGAAUGCGGCCUGUCAGCGGAUGGUUACGGAGACUUCCAGGCUGGUGAUGCCAUCGUCUGCUAUGAGGAGGUCAGCGCUCCACAGGUUACAUCGUGGAACCCUGGCUUCUGAAGUCCAGCAGCAG